AUGGCGGCCCCCGAGACGCUCCCGGACGUGGCCUCGGCCUCCAGCGCCGCGCUCUUCCGCCUCCGCCACCUCCGCCUCGGGCUGGACCUGCGGCCUGAGGCCCGCGCCCUGGCCGGUUGCCUGGUGCUGGAGCUUCGAAGGCUUAUCUGUUUGAUCUAUUUGUUGUUGUUUUUUUUCCCCUCAUUCUAUUCCUUCCGCCAGAUCUGGUGGCUGGAUCCUGAGCUCACCUACGGCAACUCCAAGCCAUUUGUUUUCACCCAAGGCCAUUCGGUGUGCAACCGGUCCUUCUUCCCUUGCUUUGACACGCCGGCUGUGAAAUGCACUUACUCCGCGGUUGUCAAGGCCCCUGCAGGCAUGCAGGUGUUAAUGAGUGCCACCCGAAGUAACUAUGAGGAAGAAGAGGGCGUAUACCAGUUCUACAUGGAGUACCCCAUCCCUGCUUACCUGGUGGCUCUGGUGGCCGGGGAUCUUGUUGCCGCAGAGGUUGGUCCCAGGUAAGGCACUCUUGUCUGA